AUGAACGCAUACCGCCUAAUCCCGUUGUUACAAAUAAACGUCGCUAGACUCGUUUGUCUACUUGGAAUCAUCCUGCUUCUGACGACCCUUAUCACGCCGGGAAUCGGGAGCAAAAACCGGCGCCAGAGCCGGGAAAAGAAACAUCGAGACCGGACCGACAAGAGGCAGACGGACAGGUACUCCGUGUCCUGGGACCCCCAGCCCCCGGUAGGCCCGCCUGCACCCGACUACUGCUCCUGCUCAUGGGAGUACUACGAUCACGAGGACGCCCAGCGGAUCCCGCGUCAUCUACACUUCGCCCGCUGCACGAACCCUAACGAUGAUUGCCGAGAUAGUUCGGAGGGUAGCUGCCAUCUUCACAACUACACGGUCGCCGUGCUGCGGCGCUCAUCGACUGCCAGUCGUUGUCGAGACUCGCUCGACGAUUACGAAGUUGCGUACGAGUCCGUACCUGUAGCUUGCGUCUGUGUGCUACCCGAUCCAUACUAGGGGUUCGUUUGUGUUUAACCAUGAUGAUAUAGAAGAACAUGGCUGAACCCAAAAAUACCUCAAUUAUUUGGAACAUGUCUGGAAACAGGAACUGUCACCCGCUUAGGAAGGAUUCGCCUCAAGGAAACACAGACAUGAUGAAGUUGACGCCAAAUUGUGCCAGAGUCGUACCCAUUGAGACCCGAAAUGUUUGAAAUUAUGAAAGCAAGGUGAUAAUUUAAAGGGCCCAUGCACUGCAGUUAAUGCAAUCAUUGAAAAUACACCUAUUUAUCCUAUUAAACCUUAUUUAUAAUUUACUUUUUGCCAUUUUCAACGGAUUUUUUUUGUUAUGCUAAUGCAAAUUUACACAUUCAUGAGUUAAGUGUGUGACGUCAUUUGAGGCAGAAACUUCAAUAUCACAGUUAUUUCAGUAGAGUUGUGUAUUCAGAGAGAGAGAGGGGGAGGCCCCCGGCGGAUUUUUUGACAAUGUUUUUGUCAGCAAUUAUUUCAAUAAAUGGUCAUAGAGUUCUGACAUCAAUCCCAAAAAGAAAAUCCCCUCAAAAACCAUUCCAGUGCACCGUGAAAAUAGGCGUAUAACUGCAGUAUACAGUCAUAAUAAUGGUCAGUUUUGAAGAGCCAAACCACCACCACCACCACCACC